CUGGUCAGCUUCCACAGCUUUCACCAUACAAAGCCACCCGGCAAAAAAAAGCUCAGCCUUUACUGCGUCGCUUCUCCCAACCUUUUGCGUUUGGAGUCACGGAUCGUCGCUCAACGUUGAGGCCACACGCGUGGCGCAGUGACAAACGAGAAUGAAUUUCGAUGAAGAUCUGCAGGCCAUGGUACAGGGCAGGACAAUGCGCAAGGUGAAAGCCAACGGAUGGAACAGGAAGCGCAGCUUGCAGCUGCAGGACGACCUCAGCUCGUUGGUUUGCGACUCCAAAAAAUUUGGCCAGUCCAAAACCGUCUACUUUGUUCAGGAGAUGGAGAUGGUCCUGGAGGGCCACCAAUCGGAGGCACUGCGCUUCGUGCAGCAUGAAUUCCCCCAAGAGCACUGCUUCUCAGUGGUUUUCCAUGGACGGAAGGAGAACUUGGACCUGGUGGCUUCCUCGAAACAGGAAGCCCAGCUCUGGGUGCAGGGCCUCCGCAAGCUGAUGGCUCAGCACAAGAGCCAGAACCAUCGCGGGAAACUCGACCAGUGGAUCUAUGACUGGGUGCAGAAGGCCGACAAAAACAAGGAUGGUAAGAUGACCCUCUCGGAGGUGAAGAGCCUGCUGAUGCUCAUGAACACCGCCGUGGACGACAAUUAUGUGAAGGGUCUCUUUCAGCACUGCGACACGUCUAAGUCUGGUAUGCUGGAGGAAGAUGAGUUUGUGGAGUUCUACAAGCAGCUGACACGCCGGGAGGAGGUGACCUCACUCUUCUCGCAGCUGACGUCGGGUGGAAACCUCCUGAGCCUGGAGCUUUUCCGCCGCUUCCUAUCGGAGCAGCAGCACGAGGACAUGGAGGCCGGAGCAAGCGAAGGCCAUGCAGCUGCGAUCUUGGACAUGUACGAGCCCUCGGCCAUGGCUAAAGAGCAGCAGAGCAUGACUCUGGAUGGCUUCACCAUGUACCUCAUGUCCGCGGACGGCUGCAUUUUCAACCCAAGCCAUGGACACGUGUUCCAGGACAUGAGCCACCCACUCAGCCACUACUUCAUCUCAUCCUCGCACAACACCUACCUGAUGGAAGACCAGCUCCGUGGACCCAGCAGCACUGAGGCCUAUGCCAGGGCUCUGAAGCGCGGGUGCCGCUGCGUGGAGCUCGAUUGUUGGGACGGCCCAAACGGAGACCCCAUUGUCUACCACGGCUACACCUUCACUUCCAAAAUCCUCUUUCGCGAUGUCAUCGAGGUCAUCAAUCAGUACGCAUUCCAGUCGUCGGAGUUUCCGUUGAUUCUGUCGAUCGAGAACCACUGCACCAUGCCACAGCAGACGGUCAUGGCUCAGUACAUGCGCAAUAUCUUUGGCAACAAGCUGCUGACGGUGCCACUUGGAGGAAAGGUACCCACGGUGCUGCCGUCCCCCGAGGAACUAAAAGGCCGGAUUUUGGUGAAGGGUAAAAAGCUCGGCCAGCUGGAAGAGAGUGUUCAUGCCAAUCAGGGAGAGGUUUCAGAUGAAGAUGAGGCUGCUGAGAUAGAGGAUGAGGCGGUCAAGAAGAACAUGCCUGUGAAAGUGAAGCUGACCCUGUCGAAGGAUCUGUCAGACUGCGUCGUCUACUGCAAAAGCGUGCACUUCCGCGGCUUCGAGAUUUCGCGCGAGAAGGGCUGCUGCUACGACAUAUCAUCCUUCGGAGAGACCAAGGCCCGCAAAUUGUCCACCGAGAAUAGUAACGAGUUUGUGCGUUACAACUCCUUCCAGCUGAGCCGCGUCUACCCGGGCGGCCGGCGAACCGACUCCUCCAACUACAACCCCCAGGAGGCAUGGAACACCGGCUGCCAGAUUGUGGCACUGAAUUUUCAGACAGCAGGCCGGGAAAUGGACCUUAACGAUGGGAAGUUCCGGCAGAACGGUGGAUGUGGCUACAUUUUGAAGCCAAGCGUCAUGCGCAACCGCGAAUCUCUCUUUGACCCGGAGCGCCCAGAGCUUGGAGCCGGCCUCAACCCCAUAAACCUUUCCAUCAAGGUCAUCAGUGGGCAGCAGCUGCCUAAAUUGGAGGCCAGCAAUAAGGGCUCCAUUAUGGAUCCACUGGUGAGGGUGGAGGUUUAUGGCGUUCCACAGGACAACAACCACCAGCAAACCUACCACAUCGACAACAACGGGUUUAACCCGCGCUGGGACAAAACGCUCACGUUCCGCGUGACAGUGCCCGAGCUGGCCCUCGUGCGCUUCGUUGUGGAGGACUACGACAAGGCGUCCCGCAAUGACUUUAUGGGCCAGUACACGCUGCCCAUGAGUAGCAUGAAAACAGGCUACAGGCAAGUCCCUCUGCUAUCUCACGACGGCACCAGCCUGGCUCCAUCCUCUCUCUUUGUUCACGUAGACACGACCAACUGAGCAACUACAGCGGUGUUGACGCUGUCAAUAUACAAGAGCAACAUGGCGUCGAUGUGAAUCGUGAUCCGUGUGACCACACGUGCGUCGAUAUGCCAGCAUCAUUGUUUUAUAUAAUUUACUCUUGUUUACCCACACAUGCUUUGCACAGUCUCAAGGCUGUUUUUUUCAGCAGGGUCAUCAUUACUAUAUUUGCAUACUUAUAUAAUAAGCAAUUCAAGUAGACGCCUACACAGGCAUUCACACACGUGCUACAAACUCUUCUGUGCAAGCAAAGAAAUAUGCAAUAUGCCUUGUUUUUAGUUGGUUAUAUGAGUGAAUAUUUUAAAAUAUAUUUUACCAGCCAUAGUUAUACAACUAUUUAAAAUUAGAGUUCAAGUUCAAUCGUUAUAAACGUUUAGUAAUUUUAAAACGCCUCUGUGCAAGGGAUAUUUUAGGUAAUGGGUUCACUACUGAGCUUGCUUGUGUAGUUUGAUCUCAGGCAAACAAUGUUGUAAAAAAAAAUACUCGCACUGACUGAAUUAUUCUGCUGUUUUUAAAUAUGCAAGUAUUUAUGGGGUUCCAGAAUAAGUUUGCAAAUAUGAAACUUUGGGAAUGAGAUUUCCUAAAAUGUAUAGGAAAUGUUGGAAAAGAAAAUAAUUUACAUGACUGGCACUUAGAAAAAGUUAUUUAAUUUUAAAGAGCAAUACUUUUUACAUUCCCCUUUAACAAUUUAUCAUUAAGGACUUGUCACUUUUUCCUGCUUGUCAAUGCACUCUGUGAGGUGUUGUUGAAUUUAGUUUGAAAAAUGCUAACAUUACUUCAUUGCACCUUUGAGAUAUCAGGGCCUCUCUCCACACACCUGUCAAAUAUUUGUCAAAAGUGCAUGUACAGUAAAACUUUGGAUUGCGAGUAACUGGUCUGCGAGUGUUUUACAAGACGAGCAAAAUUUUAAAUAAAUAUUAAUUUGAUAAACGAGCGAGGUCUUGCAAUACGAGUAGUACGUAUACGCUUUGUCUGCUGAGCGUCACGUGAUCCCAACUGAUUUUUGAGUGCUUUGGAUUACAAACACGUUUCCGGAACGAAUUAUGCUCGCAAUCCAAGGUUUUACUGUAAUUGGCAACUCCAGUAAAUUCUUCUGCAGGAGUAGCGCAUUGUGUCAAGUUACACCUGAAGGAUCCACAAAUCCGUACCAAGAUGACUGUCGGGCCUAUGCAGAGAUCCAAUUCCCGCUGCUUGUUGAUGUUUCGACUGCAUUGAUGUCACGUUGCCUGGUGGUUUAUUUCACAGGCACACACUUAUGAACUCAACUGUGCCAGGUUAUUCAAAUUAACCCAAACAUGCAUGCCGUGGGGUAAUUGAAUGGUUCUUUCAUUGCAGACAGAUUGUUCAUUUUUUCUAAGUUACAAAUGCAAAUAAAAGUACAAAUCAGGUAGAGCAAAAGCAAGUUUCAAAACCCUACAGCCAUACACUAUGCCUGACGGUGUGGAUUGUAAAACAAACUUUUUAGGGUAUAUCUUUUUUGUUACAUGUCGCAUGGAUGAGAUAAGGAGGGCAAUUUUGCAAGUAAUAUCAUUGCUUGUCGAGUUGUCUAAAUGUGCACGCCUGAUUUGUGUACUUUGUUUUGAGUGGACAUUUGGCCCUUUUUCCUCCAUUGCAUGUUGAUGAAAAUCAAUUUUUUUGGACUUCACUGCAACAUUCCGAUAUAUUAUACGACUACCACUAUUAGUGUACAUGAGGCUAACUUUCAAAUUAAUAAUAGGUCAACUAAACUAUAGUUUCGUGUUCUUGCUUUUGUCCACUGCAUUUUAGGAAUGGGGCCUGGCAAAUCUAGGCAGAGUAAUGGAGCAGCAGGAAAUCCUUUGUGGCAGAUGGGAGUGGUGGUUAUAAUAGGAAAUGGCCAAAAAAGUAAUCCAUAUUGCAGGGAUGGAUCGGUAUCACUGAUCAGCAUUGAAUGUCGAUUUCUAAACCAAUGAACGGGUCAUUUUUUGUUCGACCUGUCUAAAAUGAUGCGCACGCGUCUUCAUCAGGUGCCUGUCCAUGACUGACUUGGCACUGUGUUUAUAUUUAAGUAGCAGUAGACCUAAGACUGCCUUGCCAUUGUUUACAUACUCGGCUUAUGAAAAAGGAGGCUUCCUUUGAAUAUUAUACUUCCAGAUGUUACGUUCAAAGUGGCUGUGAGCUCAAAAUGAUAAGUUAUUUUGUGACAAGUGUUUAUGAUAAAAAUGUAAGCUACUGUAUAUUGUUCGGUGGCAUUUUAAAACCACAAAAUAACUAAAGUGAGUAGUUUUCUAUAAAUAUGUAUUUAAAAAUAUAUAUUUUUCAGUUAGUAUGCAUUGCCUUAAUGUCACAAAACUGAUCAACUUUGAUGUGGAAUAUAGAGCUCUUCUGAAAUUUAGCUUCCGGAGCACAAGUUAAUUCCCUGUUCGUCUUCUUUUGGUGUUUGGUUUGGGGUGAUAAUCGAUUAUUAUCAUCGAACAGUGUUUUACUUUGUCAUUUUUACAGCCCUUUGUAAAGACACAACUGGGUGAUGGCCUCCCGUGUCUGGCCAUGGGGUUGGUUGACCAAAUUUCACACUGCACAAGGCUGAGAUAAUCACUCACCAGGUUCAUAGUGCAGUACACAAACCACUUAUCCCGCUACUUUGUUACAGUGAAUACAAAUUAAAAAAACGUGGUUCAAUGA